AUGGUGCGGCUACUAUACGACUUCGCAAAGGGCGCGGCAGCCCAGAAGAGCAGGUUAGAGACUACGUAUCGGGAACGCCGCCUCCUCAUCAGCAUGGGAGGACACAACGCAGCUAAUCAUAAUACGGUGCCACUCUACAACGUUCCUCGUCCACCGCGACAUCAUCGUCGAGUGUUCGUCGUACUUUCAAGGCUGUGCAUAAUGGGAUUCUACAGGGAGGGCUUCGACAGGUCUGUAGACUUUAGCGACGACGACGACGUCCGGCCUGAGUGCGUAUAUGCCUACUUGUCCUUCGUCCACCACUGGUAUUUUGCCGCAUGGGCUAACGGGAAGCCAAGCGGGCAGGGCCUGAUGUCUAUCGCCUCGCGCAUGACACUGUCCUCGGUAGCGGAGGCAAUCAUUCUGUCUGACAGGCUGCUUAAUCGGGCGAUGCUCAUCCUGCUCAAGGAGGUCUUUAUUGGGCUCCUCCAGGCAAGGCAGACGGCUUGGCUGGACGCCAAAGCCACGAACAGGAUUUGGGGCGACGCUGAGCACCAGGCCUACUUUAACGACUACACCUCGUCUUUUGACGUGUUCUCGAGAGGGCAUGCGGACGAUAGGCUUAUGCAAGAGGCCAUCGCGCACUCGUGGCACAUUGUCACGCGACAGACGAUGGCCCUACACACGCACUACGAAGCGAAGCUGUCGCGAGACUUCGUCUUGCGGGUCGGGGCUAAGCGCCACCGCCCCGACGGCGAAGACAUCUGCACGAACAUGGUUGAAAGGGCUGCGGGGGUUUUCCUCGUUGAAAGCGAUAGAUCAGUGACAGAAGCGUUUCUGAGGGACCGCAGGAGGAGGCGGAGGGUUCUCGGCCUGUUCCGAAGCUUAGAGGGGUUAAUAAAGGUGCAGGACCUAGCACCAUGGUACAAGGAGCCGCCCGAGGCCGCCGAGGAGAGGAGUGCGAGGUUCCGGGAGGGGGCGGCGGGAAUGGCGUUGGUUGUGUGGGGCGGCUGCUUUUGA